AUGGAAGAAGUGUAUUUUAAUUAUCCUGAUAUUAUGGGUGAUGUUUUCGCUGGAGUUGGUCCUUUAGCCAUAUCUGCCGCAAGGAUAGUUAAACGUGUUUUUGCUAAUGACUUAAAUCCCUAUGCAGUUGAGUAUCUGGAAAGAAAUAGUGUUCUAAAUAAACUUGAGAAGAAGAUUAAGGUCUUCAACAUGGAUGGAAGAAGGCUCAUUAAGUCUCUGUAUGCCAGUGAUAUAUCGCAGUCCAUCACACAAGUGAUCAUGAACUUACCAAGUGAAGCUGCAGAAUUUCUAGAUGCAUUUCGAGGAAUAUACAAAAAUAGACCCAAGGAUGGGGAAUAUACUUUUCCAAGGAUCCAUGUUUAUGGAUUCUCCAAAGCGCGAGAUCCAGAAUUUGAUUUUCACGAGAGAAUAAGAAUUGCGCUGGUAGAAGUAGAAGUCAGCGUAGACAUGCGACGGGUACGACUUGUUGCUCCUGGAAAAUGGAUGCUGUGCGCAUCAUUUAUUCUCCCUAAAAGUGUAGCAUUUGCUAAUUCCACAAUUGAUACCUAA